CGCUAGAAUUGGUAAAGAUGAAAUACUUUGCAUAAAUUUAGCAGAAUUGUUCGAGAACUGGAGUUUCAAUUGAGUCUGCUCAGAAGCAGGAGGCAGAACUGUGUGUUUGGAACCGGAAUUCUCACUUUCAGAGUGUGGUUGUUCCGAUGAAUAACUUAGAUGCAUCCGAUGUUUAAGGUGUCAAAUUAUAAGUAUCAUUUUAUUUUUUUGAUGGCCAAGAAUUAUUGAUCUCUUAUUUGCUCAACUAGCUUCGAAUCAUGUAUACCUUCCCUUAGUGUCCACCGUGUAUAUCUCUAUGGUUAAUUACUUUGGCAUCUGACAACAUAAAAGUUAUCAUCACAAGGCAAAUCCAAGUACUGGAAUCUGACCAGUUCUGCCGCUUAAUUGGUUUACAUCUUCUCGGAUCAGGGGGAAGGUGUUAUUUCCGAUAAUCCUCCUGAUCAGCUUAUUUGGUUUAGUUUAGCAGAGGAUGUGCCCACCUGCACUAGAUUAAGGAAGCCAAAGUAAAUAGUUUAAUCUUUGUAGAACCUAAUGUUUGUUGUACGAUGCAUCAUUUGGAAACCCGGUACUUUUCAAAGAGCUCUAACAAGUAAGUAUGAAGUUCUUUAGAAUAUGAAAAUAGAACAAGUAAAUAUAUAACAAGUAAAUAUGAAGUUCUUUUGAAUAGUUUUGUGGCUUAGCAGGUUGUCACAUAUUUUUAGUGAUUGCAAUUGGCAGUCUUGAAUCUGAACUUAUCCAGAAGAUUGUUGAAGAAGUUUCAAGCAAGCUACACCGCCCGUACUUGGAUGAGGCAUCCAGUCACUCUUGACAAACAUAUACAAGCUGUUAGAAUGUCAUUGCAUGCAGAGGACGAUGGCGUUCGCGUGGUGGGUAUCUGCGGGAUUGGUGGAAUAGGCAAGACAACUAUUGCUAAAGCUAUAUACAAUAUGAUUGCUGAUCAAUUCGAAGGUAGUAGCUUUCUGGCAAAUGUUAGAGAAAUUUCUAGGCGGUAUGGCCUACGUAAACUGCGGGAAGCUCUACUUCGUGACAUUUUGGGGGACAAAACCAUUAAGGUUGGCUACAUUCAGAUAGGUGUAGAUUUGAUCAGGCAGAAGCUUGGCAAUAAAAGAGUUCUAUUAGUUCUUGAUGAUGUGGAUUGCAUGGACCAAGUAAGGGACUUAAUGGGUGAAAGAAGUUGGCUUGGUCAAGGGAGCAGAAUAAUGUUAACGACGAGAGAUGAAGAAAUACUAGUCGCUCAAAGUGCAGAAAUCUAUAAGGUUGGUGAACUGAAUCAUGAUGAUGCUCUUCAACUUUUCAGCUUGAAUGCCUUUCAGAAACCAUUCCCUACAAAAGGAGACCCCUACCCGCUUCUCUACUAUAGAUUUGUUCACUAUGCCAAAGGUCUCCCUUUGGCUCUUAUUGUAUUGGGAUCUUUCUUGAGUGGUAAGAGCACUGAAGAAUGGAGGCGUACAUUAGAAAGAUUGAGUGCCACUCCUGGCGACCAUAUUGAUGAGAUUCUGAAAAUUAGUUUUGAUGGAUUGGAAACUCAUGAACAAGCUAUAUUUCUUGACAUCGCUUGUUUCUUUAAUGGGGAAGACAAAAUUAAGGUAAUAAAGGCUUUUGACCACUGUAACUUUUAUCCAGAGAGUGGGCUUGACAUUCUCUCUCAAAAAUCUCUUACAUACAUGGAGUCAAACAAGAUAUGGAUGCACAACUUGCUUCAAGAAAUGGGUCGAGAAAUCGUGCGUCGAGAAUCUCCUAAAAAUCCUGGAAGACGUAGCAGACUCUGGUCUUAUGAGGAUAUUCUAAAAGUGUUACGGGAUAAUUUGGUAAUUUUUCCUACAAUAAGAUCUGUAUUUUCUUGUUCUUUAAAACUAUGUUGUUUAAAAUUUAAUGGAGGUAUGGAACUAUAGUUAGUUGAUAUGUGGCGCUUUGGGAGUGGCUUGACAAUUUAAUAGCAUAUACAUAGGUUCUUGCAUGACGAUCCUGUAAAUGUUUUUUUCAUCUAUUUAUGAUUUAUCUAACUUGUUUUCAUUGCCUUUAUUCGUGGUUAACUCCUGCUCUAUGUUUGCUUUGGAUUUAAAGGGAACAAACUCGGUUCAAGGUAUUAAAUUGGACAUGCUUGAGCCUGGAGAGGCGAUUCCUAUGGGUACAAAAUCCAUCAAACAGAUGACAAGUUUUAGACUGCUAAUGCUUCGUGACAAACAUUUAUCUGGAUGCCCCGAGAAUCUUCGGAAUGAUAUAAAGUGGCUCUGUGGGCAAGAAAACAACUUGCCAGCAACUGCAGAGAGAUAUGGUCCUGCGCAGCCUAGUAUUCAUGAUUCCAGUCACGCCAACCCUGCUAAGAAUGAGAAGCAUCAUGGUCCGAUUGAAACGAUCUUCUUUAGAUUUCGAUGCAAAGGGGCAGCAUCGAGAAUCUGGAAAAUUAAUUGCAGAGAUACUCUGCCAAACUUUAAAUGUAUUGUGGGUACCCCACAUAAGCUUGCCCAGUUUUUAUGCCUCAGUGGCAAAUGUGUCAUGGCUAUCGUUCAUUACAGUGGCAAAUGUGUCAUAACUAUCUUUCAUUACAGUGGCAAAUGUGUCGUGGCCAUUGUGCGUAAGCUUACCAAGGGUUAUCGUCAUUUCAGUGGCAAAUGUGUCAUGGCUAUCGUGCGUAAGCUUACCCAGUGUUUAUGCUUAAGACACAAGCGUUUUGACAGUGAUAUGCUGUUGGAGGAAUAUUCGGUAUUCAAAAAAUAUUCAAAGGCAGAGCUGGGUCGUGCAACUAAUGAUUUCCGCGAUGAGAUUGGAAGGGGCGGUGCUGGUUCAGUGUAUCGUGGGAAACUGGAUGAUGGGCAGGAAGUGGCCAUCAAGUGGGCAAAUGUAAUUGAAGAUGGAUGGGGAUACAAGAUGUUCAUCAGCGAGAUCCAAACUCUCCGUCAUUACCGUCAUAACAAUGUUAUUCGGUUGUUGGGAUUUCACGCAAGACGUAGUGAGUGCGCCCUAGUCUACGAGUACAUGAACAAUGGCUCGCUGUACUCACACCUUCACACUAUCAGAAACCCAACUUUCAUGUUGUGGAAUGCACGGAUCAAGGUGGCACUGGAUGUCGCUAGGGGAAUUGAGUACUUGCAUGAAUUUGCAGGUCCUCGAAUUGUACACCGAGACAUCAAGUCAGCAAACAUCUUGCUAGAUGAAAACUGGACUGCCAAACUUUCAGAUUUUGGACUCUCCGUACUUCUUCCCAAGGGUGUAGAUGAGUUUGAGCAGGAUCGGGUUGCUGGCACCCUUGGUUAUCUGGAUCCAGAAUAUUUCCACACCCGAAUGCUAACGACUAAGAGCGACGUGUAUGCCUAUGGCAUUGUGUUGCUUGAGUUGUUAUCUGGAUGCAAAGUACUGGAUAGGAAUGAAGAUGGCGAGAGAUUGAUAGUGAACACCAUAGUUCCAUGCAUCCUUCAGGGCAACAUCGGCCAGGCUCUGGACCCAUACAUGCCAACUCCGGCCCCGUUCGAGAUGAUUGCAGUGGAAGAUAUGGCUAACCUCGCUGUGGAUUGUGUUCG